AACCAGCUGCCAGGAGGGCAGCAGAGAACCAGGCUCUCCCCCGCUGCCACUAUGCACGGGGUCCGGGAGGAAGUGGCCCUGCUGGCCACAGUCACCCUCUGUGGAGUACUGCUCCAAGCCUAUUUCUCCUGGCAGGUGAUCAUAGCGAGGAGGAGAUACAGGGUCUCACCCCCCGCCACCUCUGGCCCCCCUGAGUUUGAGAGAGUCUUCCGAGCUCAGGCCAACUGCACAGAGUACUUCCCCCUCUUCCUGGCCAUCCUCUGGGUCUCCGGAGUCUUCUUCCAUCAAGGGACGGCAGCUGCCUGCGGCCUCCUCUACUUAGGUGCCCGUUACAGAUACUUCCACGGCUACGCUGCCUCGGCUCAGGGGAGGCUGGGCCCCCUGUACUUCAGCGCCCGUGUGCUCUGGCUGCUGAUAGCUCUGGCUGUGCUUGGCCUGGUCUCCCACUUCCUUCCGGUCUCCCUGAAGACCCCCGUCCUGAGGAAGCUGCAGUGGCUGAUGACGACGAGAUAGGCGGGGGGAGCGGCCCGAAGGGACGCUGAGGAGGGAGGAUGCUGGCUUGGGGGGCCCGUCAGGGCUCGGGGACAGAGGCACAGCGUGGGGUCCCAAGGGAGGGGGAAGGGGAUGCACACUCCCCCCAAGGUUUGAAACAGAAUUAAACUUUUAUUACAAUUCA